AUGUCUACCGACACCAAAGAUUCCACGAUGCAGCUCGAAGAGCCUACGACAGACCAGCACGCCCCAGAAUCAGCAAGGAACGCAAUUGCAGAAGCGAUUGCCCGUCGAGCGUUGUCAGCGGCUCCAGAGGACGAGGAUGAGAGACGCUUUGUCCUCGAGCGCGACACGCGGCAGGAAUUUCGUCGUCUAAUCGAUCCAGGAAUCGCACGAGGGUCAUCUCCCGCAACACUGGAAGCCACGUUAAAGAUGCUCAGCACCAUUGCCGACAAUCUCCUGCGAGAGCCUGAUAAUGAGAAGUAUCAGCGCUUCAAGCCAACAAACUCGCUAAUAAAGAAGAAUCUCGUCGAAGUUAAAGGCGCUAUCGAAUAUGCAGUGGCUCUGGGCUUCAGGGCCGAGGUGAUUCAUUUCCAGCCCUACUACAGCUUUAUGGCCACACCCGCGAACUUGAAUAGAUUGCGGAUAGGAGCUGCUGUCCUCCAUGAAUCCCUCGACAGGAUAAUCCAAAAAGCGGAACAGGAGAAACUGAAUCGCGUAGACCCCAAGGCAGUCCAGAAAGAGAUUGCACAAAAGGUCAAGAUGGCAUACGAGGACGACAGAAAGGAGAAGAAGCGAAGAGACGAGAUGGAAAAGCAAGCCCGCUCUACGCGCGUAACGGGUGGCACACGUCCAAUAUCAACUUCGAAACGUCCUCCAAUAGCGGACUAUCGGCCUGGGCCUCCGGGGCGCACGAUUGGAGAGAAAACGCCCGAGCCUACUGAAGGUGAUGAAGCUAAUGAAGCUCCUGAACAAGAGCAAGAGGAUGGGGAUGAAGACGAGGACGACGAAUAUGACGAGGCCGUCAUGUCAAGGAUGCCUCUAAAGGGCGGUUACGUACUCGGAAGGCGCGAAGACGAAAAGGAAACGGAAGCAAAUCAGGCGACAUAG